UUGGUUUACUUUAAAUAUGCUCUUCUUGUUUAAGUUUUAACACCUUAAGUUUCCUUGUAAAGUGAGAUCGGAGAAUGUAAAUGGAGACUUUUGAAUAAACAAAGUGGCAGCUUACAGCAGUUCCAGGGUUGGUGUACAAAGAAAAAAAAAGCCUGGGGGAAUCUAUUUCCUAGCAACGGGUCACAUUUCCCAUCCCCACCCACUGCAGUGUAAUGUCCAUAGGGAGGAGGCCGAACACCUGAACAUCGACCUGCUCCUCCUCUUCGAUCCCAUAACGGGAAUCUACUGCUUCCUACUAUAGUCGAACUGUGUCCAGGUAUUAUUGUGCUAAUGAGCUUGGAUAAGUAAGAAGACAGGAUGGCAAACUCAGCACUGGAGAUAGUGGGUCUGUUAUUGACCCUGAUUGGGCUGAUCGGGGCAGCAGCGAGCACUGGCAUGCCGAUGUGGCGAGUCACAGCCUUCAUUGGGGAGAACAUCAUCGUGUUUGAGAGCCGCUAUGAGGGUUUGUGGAUGAAUUGCUUUCGGCAGGCCGACAUCAGGAUGCAGUGUAAGGUGUAUGACUCUCUCCUGGCCCUGUCUCCGGACCUGCAGGCGGCAAGGGGGCUCAUGUGCUGCUCUCUGGCGCUGGGUGGCCUCGGGCUGCUGAUCAGUCUGGUAGGGAUGCAGUGCACGUCAUGUAUCGAAAACAAUGAUCGAGCUAAGCGACUGGUCCUCAUCAUUGCAGGAAGCAUGAUCAUAAUGGCCUGCAUCUGUGUCAUUAUCCCCGUGUCCUGGACGGGUCAUGUCAUCAUCAGGGACUUCUACAACCCUCUGCUGAUCGACGCCCAGCGCAGGGAGCUUGGAGAGGCUCUCUACAUUGGCUGGGUGGCCUCUGCUUUCCUGUUUGCUGGAGGAUGCAUGUUCAUUUGUUGUAAUCUACAGUCCGAAGGCAAAGGUUCAGAGAGGUACGUGUACUCCAGGCAGUCAGACUACAUGGCCUAUCCUCCACAACCCUUACAACCGUUACAGCCUCAGCAGCUGGUGCUACUUCCGCAACCACAGCCACAGCCAAUGCUGUCAAGACACCCGUCCACCGUCUACAGCUACCAAUCCAGACACCCCUCCGUACACAGCGGGAUAGCUUAUCUCUGAACACUUGAAGUAGUUAAGGUCUCUACUUUCAAUACUUUUCUUUAUAAUAUGGGUUUGCACAGCAGAGCAAUCUAUGCAUUUCCAUUUAAAAAAAAAAACAUUUAAAUGCAUACAGGUAAUGUGUAUGCAAAUGGUUCUGAUGAAAAUAGUUUGGAUGGUUUUAAAAUCACUCUUUUACUGCAUAAUUUAAAAAAAAAACACUUCAACCAAUAAUUUCAACACUGCCUUUGUGACCAAGUACGUUUACUUUCUGUGUUUUAAUCAAAUUUUAUACUCACAGCCAUAUUUUUGUAUAAGUUUUGUUUUUGUCUAUGCUUACUGUAUAUAACAAUUUACACAACCCUUUACCACUGAUUAAUGUGACACGUACAACUAUAUUUGUGUUUACUGUUGAAUGCAGGUUGUUGCUGACACAUGUGACAGAUCUGUGUGGUUGUAAAGAUAGCUAAUGUUUCAGUUAUUUCUGCACAUUUUUUUCAGCCUUCAACUGUGUGAUCAAGCAUGUCACACACACUGAGCCCUCACACACAGGUUCUUUUUUCAGGUAGAGUUUUAUCACCUGUAAUCGAUGCUCUACUGGUGAAUGGCAUUUGUGUCGAAAACUAAAAACAUUUUCUGUAUCACUUACUCAGAAAACAAUUGCAGGUUUUUGUUUAAAUUUGGUACGAUGUUCUGGAGCACUUGGAAACUGAUGUAACAACAAAUGUCUGUGUAAACAUGGGAUACAGGUUUAAGACUGCUUGUGAAAGGUGUGGACACAGAGGCAACUUAGCCAGAGCACUUGGUGUUUCAGCAACCUGACAGCAUGAUCAUGUGAUCCAAAUUUGCAAGUCACACUGAAAGAAAACACAAAGAUCUUUAGACUGAAUUGUUCUCAGGAUGCUUCUGUGUUGAUCCCAGCUCUGAAUGUUAGAGUAAUGGAAGAACAUUUCCGUCUUUAUUCACUCAAGUAAAAUAGCUUGUAAACUAAGAAGUCACUUCAUUUCAAAAGUAAAUUGUAGUUAAUGUAAAAUUAAAACUUUGAUUUCUAACACACUAAAUGCAUUAUUUUAAAUACAGAAAGAGAAAGAAAAUUCUGUUUGUAAAAGCACAGGAGUUGCAUUGCUGUUUUAUAUUGGAAAUAUUUGAUGGCAAAAUGGCAAUGUUGUGUUUAUUGCUACUUCAGGUCACAUCUUAUCAAUGUUUAUCUGUCCAAUUACCACUCAACAUUGUUAGAGUCAUACAAAUACAGAAUGUGUGCUGACUUGUAGAACUUGGUUACCGUAUAAAAACAUGCUAUAAGAAUCAGUAACUGUGUUUGGACUGUGUUCUGUGAGGUCCCUCUCAUUUCAUUUCUCAUUUCAAGAAGAUCAUCUCUGCUCCCCUCUGGACAAUACAAGAACUGCAGGAGCUGUACUGUGCAACAAUAUAAUCAUGUUUGCUUCAGAAUUUGUACAUAUAUCGAAUAAAAACAUGCCAAGUGACAAAACUUC